GUUCUUCUACAACUCGGAAGAAAAGAAAGUAGAAGAACAAAAAAUUCUAACCUAUCUUUAUAAAGAGUUUGGAAAAUUUAGUUUGCUUUUAUUAAAAAUUGUAAUUGAAAGGUAUUAGUGGUCUUAUCGUUAUUCUCUUAUUCAGAGAUGGCUUCUUCAAAUGCAUUUCAUCCGGAUUCUGAUGUCCAUGUCACAUUUGAAGAUCAACAGAAGAUUAACAAAUUCGCACAGUUUAAUGCCCAAAUGGAAGAUUGCAAGGAUGAGCUGAAAAAUAAGCAGAAUGAGUUGAAAAAUUUGGAAGAUGCAGCAGAUGAACUGGAACUCCUUCUGGAUGACUCCAUACAAGUGCCGUUUCUCAUUGGCGAAGUAUUCGUUUGCAAAUCGGUCGAUGAUGCUCAGAGCUCCCUGAAAGAUUCGAAAUCCGACUUGAAGCAGACUAUUAAGGAAAUUGAAGAUAAAUGCUCUUCAUUGAAAACAACCAUGGAAACUUUGAAAACACAGCUAUAUGCGAAGUUUGGAAGCCAUAUCAAUUUGGAAGCUGAAUAAUUAGGACUUAUCAUAUUAUAAAAAGCGAAAGUUAUGUUCUGUGCUCUUGAUUGAUAUUGUCAAUGGUUUGAAGCUUUAUUGACGUAACUUAUUUGUAUAUAUUUCUAAUUUUAACAAUCUUAUUUAAAUCUAAUUUUCGUUCAGUAUUGUUUCAAAUUUUGAAUCUUAUUGAUGAAUAUUUAUCGUACGUUGUUAUCAAAUUCUGUUCUUUUAAAUAACUUGCGAAAUUGUAAUGAUAUAAUUACUGUAACUCAGUUUCUAUCAGUAAGGCUCAACUCACACUUAGGCGACUCAGGUCGAGAAGAGACUCGACUCAAGUCGAGUGCAUGUCUUUCCAAAUGGUGACACUCAGACCAGUCGAUUCUAGUCUCCGCGACGUCACCAUUUGAAAACACAUGCUCUCGACUAGAGUCGAGUCUCUUCUCGACCUUUAGUCGCUUAAGUGUGAGUUGAGCCUUAGGGUGUACUUCUGUUCUAACAACAUUUUAUCAGUUUGUUUUUAAUAAAGUUGAAAUUUUUCCACUUCUAACCAAAA